GUUUCAGUCUGAGCUCGUAUCAACAAAUUGAAUUGACGUAUAUUUUAUUCAUGCAAAAAUCAAAAUAAAAUACUGUCUCAUUUGUUUAUUAUAAAGCUGAGUCGUAUCUGCAGUUGCUGUUACUAUUGCUUUUCGAGUGUUUGCUUUUUUACAAUACCUUUAUACAUACAAAUAAAGCAGAAAAGCACUGUUUACAAAGGGUAAGGGUUGGGAGCUGCGUCCGUCCCCCACGGAGCCUCGCAGCGAUGCGUCGCGGCCGCGGAAACAUGGCUCGGUGAAGCGAAUGGUGGUGCGACUCAGUCGCGUCAAGGGGUUAGAGGGGCGCCGCAAUGACGUGCUGUUCUCGCCGUGCGUGCGCCGCGUGCAAGCGCCGCCCGCGCUUGUCUUCUGGGGCGGCGACGUUCAGGACUACCCUGAGAUCAUGCAGGCGCACCGCGAUAAUCGGGCCUACAUCAAGUGGAACCUCGAGAACACGGCUCGCAUCCUCAGCCAAAACUUCCCCACCUACCAUAUUGUAGUCGUUCGGCCCUCCAGAAUCAAGUACAAGAGCUUUAGCUGCUACGAUAACUUCGUGCCGAGCAACAACCCCGGCGUCCCCGAGCACACGCCCACGCACAGCGCGUUGCUGCACUUGCAGAAGUUACUGCAGGAAGUGAGUAAUCAAGUGAAGAAGAUCCCCGAACAGGAGCUGCUAGCCGGGCUGGAGGCGGCGGCCAACGACGCUGACGAGUUAAACACACCGCCGAAGGAAGAAAGUAGCUCAAACGGCGCGGCAAAUCCAGCUCCAGAGACACUCGAGCCAACGAACCGCCUGUGGUGGCGAGCAGACUUAGCGCUGCAUGAGUCCAAGCUGUCGCUAGUGGGGUUCAGCAAAGGCUGCGUGGUGCUCAACCAGCUAUUGUACGAGUUCCACUACACACACACACUCACGCCUGCCGACACACAAGCAACCAGGUUUAUUUCAUGCAUCACGGCGAUGUACUGGCUGGACGGCGGGCACGCUGGCGGACGCAACACGUGGCUCAGCUCUCGCUGCCUACUAGAAACACUCGUCAGGCUCAACGUGGAGAUCUUCGUGCACGUGAGCCCGUACCAGGUGCAGGACGAGGCGCGGCCGUGGAUCGGGCGCGAGGAGCGCGCCUUCACCGCCAUGCUGAGGAAGCUGGGCGCCAAUGUGCACCGCUACCUGCACUCGGACUCGGCGCCGGUGACGCUGCUGACGCACUUCAGCGUGCUCAGCAACUUCCGCAGCCGCCAGGACUCCGGCCCGCCCAGCGCGCCGCAAGACUCUGAUACUGAUGACAGUACUAAAUAAAACAUACUAACAAA